AUGAAGAACAUCUUCUGUUUCGGGGGAGACAAGGGCCGGCCGCCCUCCGGCCCCUGCGGCAGCCAUGGCAAGACCGGGGUGGGCCCGGAAGGAGAGGCUGGUGACAGCGCCUUCCUACAGCCAUGGUACCACAGCCGGAAAAGAGAUCUGGACAAAAUUCACCAAGCUGCCUGCGCUGGUGACGUGGCGAAAGUGGAGCAGAUCCUGUCGCUGAAGAGAAAGGUCUUGGAUGGCAGAGACAGAAAGAAGAGGACUGCUCUCCAUUUGGCCUGUGCCAAUGGCCAUCCAGAAGUAGUUACUAUCUUGGUGGACAGAAAAUGCAAGCUCAAUGUCCCCGACAGUGAAAAAAGAACAGCUCUGAUAAAGGCGGUACAAUGCCAGGAAGAGGAGUGUGCCACCAUCCUGUUAGAACAUGGUGCCAAUCCAAAUCACAGUGACAUCUAUGGCAACACAGCUCUUCACUAUGCUGUCUAUCACGAGGACACAUCAAUCACAGAAAAACUCCUUUCACAUGGCGCAAAUAUAGAAGCCGUAAACAAGGUAUAG